UUAGGUUGAAAAUUAUUUUAAAUUCCGCACUGAAUACUUCCGGGUUGUUAAAUUUUUUGCAUUUUUGCCGAUUUCAUAAAUUUUCGACUUCCUUGAAGUUACACAUGGCUGCACCAGAUGUACAAAGGGUCCCAUCAAAUGCCGGAGAUUUAGUACGCUCAGUACUGCAGGCUCCAGCCCCAGCCAGCAGGGGUCAGCAAGCUAAUGGACCAAGGAACCUCAAUCUGACUGGACAUGUUGGUUUUGACAGCCUGCCCGAUCAGCUUGUUAAUAAGUCUGUUGCACAGGGAUUCUGUUUUAACAUCCUUUGUUUAGGAGAGACAGGUAUUGGCAAGUCUACUCUGAUGGACACACUAUUCAACACUCAUUUUGAUUCUACACCGUCCACACAUGAUUUACCUGGAGUGAAACUCAAGGCCAAUACUUAUGAGUUACAGGAGAGUAAUGUACGACUGAAGUUGAGAAUUGUUGACAGUGUUGGGUUCGGUGAUCAAAUUAACAAGGAAGACAGCUGGAAAUCAAUCGUGGAUUACAUUGACAGCCAGUUUGAGGCUUUCCUGUCGGAAGAAUUAAAGAUAAAGAGAUCACUGUAUAACUAUCAUGAUAGUAGAAUCCAUGCCUGUCUGUACUUCAUUGCACCAACGGGACACUCACUGAAAGCUUUGGAUCUAGUUACAAUGAAGAAACUGGAUAGUAAGGUGAACAUUAUACCAAUCAUUGCCAAGGCUGAUACCAUCACCAAGGCUGAACUACAGAAGUUCAAAGCAAAGAUCAUGAAUGAGUUACAGUCAAAUGGUGUACAGAUUUAUCAUUUCCCGACAGACGACCAGACAGUUGCUGAUACAAACAAUGCCAUGAAUUAUUGCAGAGUUGUACGACGUGAAGAUAUUAAAGGUCAUCUGCCAUUUGCUGUAGUAGGUUCAAGUGAUGAAGUCAAGAUUGGUAAUAAAAUGGUGAAAGCUAGACAGUAUCCAUGGGGAACUGUUCAAGUUGAAAACGAGAAUCACUGUGAUUUUGUGAAGUUACGAGAGAUGUUGAUCCGUACAAACAUGGAGGAUCUAAGGGAGACUACUCACAGCAAACAUUUUGAGCUGUACAGACGUCAUAAGCUUGAACAGAUGGGAUUCUCUGAUGACCAGUCAAAGAGUUUAUCAGAGACAUAUGAGCAGAAACGUCAGGAACAUGUAGCAGAAUUACAGAAGAAAGAGGAGGAAAUGAGACAGACAUUUGUGAUCAAGGUGAAAGAAAAGGAGGCGGAGCUUAAAGAAGCAGAGAAAGAUCUACAUGCCAGUUUUGACAGCUUGAAGCGUCAGCAUUCAGACCAGAAGCAGAAGAUUGAGACUAGCAAGAAGAAUCUCGAGGAUCAAAUGAACCUGUUCAACCAACGCAAGGCCCAAUAUCAGGCCCAACAAUCCACACUCGGCAAGAAGAAAAAAUAAUCUUGGACUUUACAUUAGCAAUAUUUCGAAAGAUAUAUUUUUUAUCACAAAAAAGUGCAUUAUUGUUUAAGAAAUGACCAACAUAUUGUGACCAAUAUCUCCCACAGGGUUUUUUGUUAUGUGUUUUCUUACCUUGGAAAAUUUUGUGUUCCUUUGGAAAUAGAGUUUUUUUUAUUUUCAACAUCAUUUAAAAAUUUUGGUUGUUGUUUAUAAGCAAAACAAAUAUUGAAUAAGAUGUUGGAAAAUUCAAUAGAAGUGCUUAUGUACAUUUCUUACGAUUUUUUUUUUUUUAAUUUUACUGUGUUUAGGAUAGAAUUGUUUUUGUUUAUUCAAAGAGGCCAAAAAAUCCAUUUUUUUCAAAACCAUAUGUAUGUAGUGCUUUUGUAGAUACUUAAGUUGGCAAUUUUAAAUUUGUAAAAACUAAUACUUUAUGUGCAAUAUCACUUUAAUCAGUCUGAUCAUUUGCAAGUUUUUUUGUGUUUUUUUAUUGAUCGAUGAAAAAUCUCCACAUAUUUUCAGUUGUCGCUUCUUCAGUUAAAAAUAUUUGUGUAGAAAAUUUCUAGCACAAUUUCAUUUAUUUCAGUCUUUUAAUUUAUAUUUGUAGCACUAACCUCGUUUUUAAAGCUGAAUGUAUGUGUUAAAUAGAAAAAAACACGAUGAUUAUAGCGACGUGCCGUAUGUGACGCUACAAUGAAAAUUUUAAAGUAUUGACAUUACUACCUGUAUGUUACAUGCCCACCUAUUUACACGAAUAUCUGUUGGAUGGAAGGUAGUAAAUUUUGUACUAGAACAGAAUAGAACAAUUGAUAUUAUGUCUUGUGUACAGAAAAAAGACAAUCUUUUACAGAUAUUAUUUGUUUUUUUCUCGUAUCUUUGUGUCUGAAAGUCCAUGUCCAUUUCUACGUCAUUUCGUAUGUUUGUAGCCACAGCACGAUGUUUAAUAAAACUAGUAUAAAUAUGAAAGCAGAUAGUGUAAAAUUUUCACCCAUAUUAAUGUCAUUUCAUACAGUCGAGGGUCUCCUUGCGAUUUUUUAAUUGAAUGCAUACAAAUU